AUGUCUUCUCCUAAACGCCGUAAACUCAAUGACGCAGGUAUCGCUCAUGAUUUUCAAGGCGUGGAGAUCCCGCAACGCUUUUUGUCAGAUGUCAACGCAGAGGUUGAAACUGAGAUUGCGCUCAAAGAGCAGCUUUCUGAUACCCUGGAGGCUCGCAUUGCGUGGGCGAUGAUGCUGCAGGAUUCUCUCAAAAAAGGCACAGGAAACGCAUCGCAGGGCACCUUUCGAAGCGUCGCGCUCGACGCCCUAUCCGUAACCGAACAAACAGCCUCGCACAUCCUCCAAAAGGACCCUGUUGCUCCACCGCUAGGCGACCCCACCCGCCUCCUCUCACCCACCGUACCCCGUCCUACACCCCGCAAACCGGUUUACACCCCAUUCAAAAAGCCUGCCUUCCUGUACAUCCGCUCCUCUACCCUGGGAGGCACGGACCCCAACGAUCCGGACACGCAUAACCACCUGUACCUCCUCAAAUGCCCCGGCUGCGCGCGCACGGCGUUCACAUCGCUCCAAGGCCUCCUCAACCAUGCGCGGCUGACACACGCGUUGGAGUGGGGCACGCACGAUGAGUGCAUUAGAGCGUGUGCGGUUGUCGAUAAUGAUUUGGACGUGGCAGCGGGGAUUGAGGUGGGCAUUGGCCCUGCGGGCAUUCUCCCGGGCUUGCGUACCAUUUUUCAGAGGGCAGUUGGGGGAAAUGUACAGCUGCCGCCUCCGCCCCCGACACCUUCAACACCAGGGCCGGAAACUGAGGUUGGUCCGGCCAUCGAUGACUCCGUGGAUGCGGGUGAAGGUACUAAUGCUGCUGCGAGUGUUGAGGCCAACGUGAAUGCUGCCAAGGAAGAGCAACAACCAACGUCUUCUGGUGUCGGUGGUGACCAUUUAAUUAAAACACUUGGUUUUCACAGCGAGUCGCCUGCUCUUGCGCCUUUCUUGGGUAAAGAUACCAUACGUCGCGAAAUAAAAGUUUGGAAUGAGGAUGCAGACAUUGACAUUUUCGUAAACGACGGCUUGCAGACAACAAAAAAGUCCCAGUGGAAGAUGCCGUUCACGCCGCGUAAUUUCUUUGAACAGGUCAACAAAUCUCAUUUACAUGUCGACACUCUUGGACAACCUCACAACAUCACGGAUAUGGAAAUAGACACAUCUUCGGGAGAUAAGCAAGACCAUGAUAGCAAUGCAACUUUAGCCGCACACCCAAAAAUCGCCGAAAACGUAGUAACAAGCAAUAGCAGGUUUCACUUCAUGGCCCGGAUUAUCAUCACAGACCGUAGUUUGUGGAUUCCACCUGCUCAGAGACCUGUCGGUGAAAAAUAUACCCACAAAUGGAUGAUGUCCGUCGACGCUCCUGCAUAUACACAUCAUAUAACCAGCAUCUUGAACAGUGUGCGCGUUGGGCCCUCUGAGCCUUCACUCCCUAUUCCGACACCUCCACCUACAACAUCCCCGCCGUUUGUCGUUGUAGGUUUCUGCGACCGACCCUUCCUUGCCAAAGUGGAACUCUCUUUUUCUGGAACGUCCUCUCAGCACAAAGAAUCAGAUCUGGCGGAGCAAAAGGUCUCAUUUGAGCAUUGGGUUGGUCUAAACCCAAUCGACAAUCCUGAAGUACCCGUGUUCCAGGGUCAAGAUCAAGUUCUAGACGUUGAAUUGGAUAAGAGCACAAUUCUGAAGCCACCGCAGUUGGGGUAUGUUCCACUGAGUUCAAGGUCGCUGUGGAAUAUGGCUGCCAUUCCGUCUCCUUCUACUCUUAUUACUUCUGAGAGUAGCGGGGUCGCGCAGAGUGAGGUGACAGAACAAGAAAAAGUCGAACGUUGUGAAGAAGAUGCUUUUGAAUUAUCAAACGAAACUCGUGCUAUUUUAACGCGUCUUGUGAAACAAUUUCCUAUCUCAUUAGACAACGCAAAACGAAACGGAAUACAGCCGUCGUCUCUUCCAUAUAAAUUACCAGCUUCAGUUGCGUACUUUCGUACACUAGUUAUGGGCCGCAGGAAAGCCAUUGAGCGAGCUCGUGCCAGGGCCGUGCAGGAGGCGUAUAAUCAAGAGAUACACAACCUUAACAACCCACAACUAAGUCCUUUGUCAGUAGGCGAUGUGUUCUGGUGGAUGACCGAGACUGGUUGUUUCCUUCGCGAAAAAGAAAAGAAGCCCACAAAACAAAAUGCGAAGCAAAACGAACACGUUCAGCAGGAAUUACAAUCUGAACCUUUGGUAGAACAGAAAAUUAAAGCAGAAGACGAGCAAAGGUCAGCCAGCACAAAUCAUUCAGCGCCGUCCGUGCGCAAAUGGUGUCGCGUAUGUGGUUUGGAAGCCAGGAAUCACGAAACAGCCAAAUUUGUCGUCAAAGCGGAAGAUGAAAUGGAAAGUCUGGAAGACGGAAAUGGGGGUGUGAAGGAGGGAUUGGUCAAAGAAUCCUAUGCGGGUGUAGUAACCCUCGUAUCCAACCAAGAAGAAUGCCAUAUUGUGCCUCGAGUCCUUCAAAUCGCCAAAUUACCUAACAUCGACAUUCGGAUGCUCCAAGAGGAUUCACAACCGCCCACUUUGACUCGCAAUGGCGUCAACAAAACGGGGACUGUGAAGAAAGUGACGUUAGACGCCAGGGAGAUUGUCGCUGCAGCUGAUCCAAAGUUGAUGUUAUCGAUACAGAAGUCGGUAUCGGACCUGUCACUUUCCACAUUUCGUCAUCUUCAAGAAAGCGAAAGCAGUGGAGAGCUGUUCCCAAUCGAUGCAAUCGGCGCGCACCGUGCAGAGAUCGAAAGCAGGCUUGCUCCAACUGCAUUGUUGGCCCACUUGACGAAACAAUUUAUACGCGUACUGGUUCAGGAUGGCUUGGAGGUUGCGAAAAGGGACAGAGUCAUCGCGUCUGGAGUAGUACCUGCCUCUUCAGCACCAUCGCAGAAAGGUAAUAGAAGGAAAAAACCGAAUGCACGGGUUACGGUUCUACUCACUCCGACACAUAUUCUUUCCGGAAUUCUUACUCGCGGCCGAGGGAGAAGCAGCAGCAGCAGUGGCGUGCCUGUUAAUAAUGCGGUGGAUGCCGUUAUCUUAUCGUCGCUCUCGAAGCUGGGGAUCGGUGUCGAGGAUGACUCCGCAACCCCUAGUUGUCAAGGCGAGGGAAAGGGCGAAAGCGAGGCGCGAGUCAAACUGGAAGAAUGA